CAAGGGGUAUAACUUUUUGAUUUGCAGUGUGAUUUUCUAUAUGAGUUUGACCUCCGUAAUAAGAAAAUUUGAUUCCUAAAAACAGAUUAUUAAUACACAUCGAAUUGAAAUGAAAAAGUAUAAAGAAAGUGCUAUCCUACUAGUGUUAUUUCUGAUAAAUAUUGUAUAUUGUGACAUAUGUUAUAAUUUUUUAAAUCGCGAAGAUCCUUGUAUAACUUUAUGUGAGAAAACACCACUUUCUUUCACAAACAGCAAGUACAUUAAGUCUUGUUGUCAACGAGGUUGUAGAUUUUUUAAUUUAGUGGACUUGAAUUAUGGACUGGAACCCAAUGGUUUAAAUGGCACUAGGGAUGCCUGUGAAGCUUACCCUGGUAUUCGAAAAGAGCUUCUUCCAAGGUGGUGGGAUUCCAAUGGGUUUAAAUUACCUCAGACUUAUAUUAAAACUGUUCCAAUGGAUGCUGGAACCAUGGACUAUGAGACCCCAUCAGAUUAUUCAGGAGAAUCUGAACCAACUUCAUCAUGGAUACCCGGAUCCGAUUGGUUUCAGUGUGCAUCAAGACAUGCUGGUAUGCCUUCAGCACGUUUUGCUUCUGCUACAGCAGCUGCAGUAGCAUUACUUGCAGUAUGUAUGUAUUUAUAUAGUGUGUCUUCAGAAAGAACACAUGAUAAUAUAAAAGAAUUUUUUGUUGAUAAAUCCAAAGCAUCAGGUAAAAUCACAUUGUAUAUACCAGAUGAAGAACCAUUGCAUAAAAAGCCUCCUCCUAAGUAUACUGAUAUUAAUAAUGAAUUGGAUGUUAACAAUGAAUUAAAUGUUAACUUAAAAGUUUAAGUACCUUGUUAUUGGAAUAUUAAGUCAUUUUGGAGAUUAUUAAAUAUAAUUAAUUAAUUAUUAAAAAAAAUUAAAUAUAUUCACUAAAGUUUGAAUAUAUAUAAAAUAAUAUAUUUACAUUACAGUUGCCCUUUACAUUUUCUGGCACUGUUGAAAUGUUUGCUUCUCAUAAGAUGCUAUUGAAAAAUUCAUAAAUUAAAUACAAGUUUUGAUAUAAUAUAUAUAUGUAAAAAUAAACAACAAUUUAAGUCAUUAAUGUUUCAUGCUUUCAACUUUAAUAAAUAAUCAAUUUAAAAUUGAUUAUUCCAAGAAAGUAUUAAUUGAGUGCAAUAAUAUAGAACAGUAUAUAUAUUUGAAGUAUUUCAUAUGUCAUAAAUUUUCUUUUACAUAAGUAGUUAUAAUGUUUAUCGUAAUAUUUUUGUUUUCUUGAAAGAAUUAUUAUGCAAUGUGAUACUGAUGCUUUUUACAUUCAAUCAAAAUAGUGAAGAUGGUUAAUGUAUGCACGUGAUAGACUGGUUUAAAGACUGUACAACUUUUUUACAUCAAUAUCAAAAGCCAUUUUAGGCACAUAUAAUAUUAUUUUUAAUAUAAUUUAUAAGGCAAACAACUCUAUAAUAAUCAAUAUAACAAUUUUCCAUAAAUCACAGAUUUUAUAGAACCGAACUAUUCCUUUAUUUUUUAUCACUAUAGUAAUAAGAAAUAAGUAAUUGUAUCUAUGGAUGCAUUUAUAGAAAUAAUCUAGAUUUAUCAUUUUUGAGAUAUUAUUGUCGUCCUAGAUGGAUAAUUUGUUGAUAUUAGCUGUUGACUUUAAACAUUUUUGUGACAUGAGAUUUAUGUGUUUUUAAAUAAAGUAUUUAGGAAAAAUUAAUGGUUA